AUGACGACGACGACUGAUGGUGAUGGUGAUGAUGGGAAGAAGACUUCGUUGGAAUCGCACUUCCAUCUCUCGAAAUCUCGCGUCAACGACGCGGUGUCAACGCUGGAAAAAACGAUACUCGAAACCGCGAAAAAACGAGAGCGAGAACUCUCAGAGAAGAAAACGUUGAUCGAUCGAUUGUACGAGCGGUUGGAAUUGACCAGAGAGAUGGUCGCGGAAGGUGAAAAGCAAUUGACGGAGUCGGAGAUGAAGUUGCAAAAAGCGAAAGAGGAAAACGAGAUGUUAAGGAAAGUGGUCGAAGAGUGCACGAGGAAAGAGUCAACGUGGAAACGGAAAGGAGAGUGGCACAAGAGGAAAGCGCGAGAGGCGAGGGAAAGAGUGCGCGAGUGUUGGGUAAAUAUGGAUAAAGUCGCGCUCGUGUGCGAUGAGAUGGUCAAGGGGAGCGAUGUUGAAGAGGUUGGGGCGUUUGAUUUAGUUGACGACAACGAAGAGUACGAUUACGGCGAGCGCCAAAAAUUGCGAAAGGACGACGACGAAGUAAACGCGGAGGAGGAGGAGAAACAGAACGAAUACGUAACGAAACCAUCCAACAACACAUCCUCCUCUCGAAUUCAAACGUUGGUUCAAGCACUCUCUAAAUCCGUUCGUAACCUCGAAUCUGCGGUUCAAAAAGAGCGGAGUUACCGAAAAAUGGCCGACGCCGAAGUUGAGAAGGCUCGCAAGUGUAUCAUGAACGAAGUGGAGGGCGAAAACGCCGAUUUGAAAAUCGCCGCCGCGCGGCUGACGAAAGCGUUAUCGCUGUUAAAACACAGCGGCGAUAGUUGUUCGAGCACUAUUGUUUGA